GCCGCCAUUUUACGCGAGGUGCAACCAGGCAGAGGUUUUAGCCGUGUUACUUACUUGUUAGUUACAAUACUUUGAAGAUGGUGAAGUGGUGUAGUGCUGGGACUUGUAGAAAUCAUCAUUGGAUGACAGAUAGUGAUGGAAAAUCCAAGUUUUCUUUCUUCAAGUUCCCCAGUCACGAAAAACAGCCAGGACGGAGGGCCCAGUGGGCGAGAGCUUGCGCUCGCGUCGAUCCCAUCACUCACAAGCCGUGGAAACCCAAGGACACCGUGCAAUAUGUGUACAUCUGCUCGGCACACUUCAUUUCUGGGCAGCCUUCCAAGGAGCUUGGCCAUCCAGAUUACAUCCCGACCAAUUUUGCUACGCCUGGGAAACUACCAACAGCUGACAAGUGCCAGAAACUGAGAAGGUUCUCGAAUGCUAUGUGUCGUCAUGGCAAGAAGAUGCUUGGCAAAGCAAAUGGGUCCUCAAAAAACAAGUGCAGAGUGGCUUACGCAGUCCCUGUUGGAGUGCAGGACACAUCCCUUGCAUCCUCCGAACCUCCACAGCAUCAACCUACUCCUGAUUCGCCUCAACCGUCGACCAGUUCAGUGUCUCCACCUUCCGUGCCUCAACAGAUGCUCUUUGAUGAGAUCUCUGCACUCAGGGCGGAAAGAGAUGCUGCUUUUGCUGAGAGGGACCAUGCUAGGGCCACCCUCAACUCUAUCCGGCUGUCUUCUAACACUGUUGCUGAAAACAAUGAGAAGUGUCAGUAUUACACCGGACUAACUUGGCCCAUUUUUCUAGCCACUUUUCAAUUCUUGCUAGUUUCGAUGAUAUGCAAAGGUACCCCAUCCAUCCCCUACAUUGAUCAGUUUUUUUUAUAUGAUAGUGAAGUUGAAACAUGGCAUGAAGUUUGAGUAUUUGGCAGACCAGGUAGGCAUCCAUCAGAGCACGCUCAUAGAUCAUUUUUGGAAGUGGAUGGAUGUAGCCUUUGUGAAACUGAAGCGUGUUAGUUGGCCAGAGAGGGAGCGCAUAUUUUCCACCUGCAUUCAAGGCUCUGUACCCUAGACCAGUGGUUCUCAAAUGGGGGUACGCGGACCCCUAGGGGUACGUUGGAGUACUGCAGGGGGUACGUGAGAUUUAUUUUAUGUUAAUGAAAAAAAAAACAUUUUUUUAUUUAUUCUACUAAAAUCAUACAAAAACGUAUAAUUCA